AUGGCAUCUACAUCAUUCACACCAAGCAAUGCUUCGUCGACAGGAUUAGUUGACAGUGACAACCUUUACCCAAUUGUCCCUUCACCCCCUAUCACCCCUCUUCAAGAUUCUCUUCUCAAUUCUCCAUUCAUCAAUUUCGAAGAAGUCAAUGAAGAUCAACUUGAAGAUGACUCAGAUGGAUUAAUUGAUCCUGAUUUGAUCCAAGCCAACUUCGCCAGCCAAUCCCAAUGGCCAAUUUUCGGUGGCCCCUUUCCUAUGGAGGUUGACCCUUCAUUGGUUUUCGGCCCAGAUAUCCAUAAUUCAGGCUCACAACUUUCCCAAGAAGAUCAUUAUCAAUCAAUCAGCCAGCUUCCUGCGCCAGGAGACCAGCAUCAACCAACCAACCAGCUUCCUGGACCAGGAGACCACUAUCAACCAAUCAACCAGCUUCCUAGACAGUUCUUGGUUUCAAAGCCUAUCAGUCAAUCGCAUUUUGAUAAGGGUAAAGCCCCUUCAUCUGUCAGAGUCAAAAAGACAGAUGGUUCAACCAAUUGUGCCAAACAAACAACCACAAAGGUGAAGUUUGUUGACCCAAUGCAUCCACAAGCACACCUCAAUCAUUCUGCAAUUUUUUGUUGCCAAAUACCCAUCUGUAUACGAGACCCAAGAAAGGACUACGAGCAUUGCUUUCGACAGUUCAUUCUGCAUUUUUCUCGACCAACUAUUUCCUCCCCAUCAUAUGGUGGUCGGGCAGGAGACGUUCUACCACAAUCUCAAAAUCCAGAUAUUCGCAUCCCCAUGCUUCUCCUUUCUGGAGCUAGGAUGUACAAAGUAGAAAAGCUGGGAGAACAUCGGGUCGUACGAUUUUUUGUUGGUGAUUUGAUUAGCCGCAAGAAAUACUGGGAGAUUUUUCCAGGAGGAUUGGCCGAGAUGUUAGGAUUGAUCGAUCACCUGAGAGAUAUGUCCGCUGAGGCUGGUGCAUCCAGCACUUGGAAGUGCAAUUCUCACGGAGAUAUCUGGAACGUCAGUAUCUUGGAGAAUGUGUUCGACAAUGGCACCGCCAAUAAUACCACAACACCAGUCACGGAUGACAGUGGUUACGCCAGCUCUCCUGGAAAAAUCCACGACCACAGUCAUAGUAUCGGCAACUUCAAUGGAGACGCAGUGAUGGCAAAUACCACUGGAAGCGGCAGUACCCCUGGAAAGAUUGAGGAGCAGAAUUUUGUGAGACUUGACAAUACCAGCAAGUUUCUUGGACUAAGUGACAGUGAUCAUGCCAUUGGCAAUGACUUCAUGCAGUCACAAGGUUACACGUGGGAUGAUGAUCUCCUGGAGGAGGUUACUAUGUUUAAUGCCAAUGACCCUGACUCGGACGACACUGUCGGACACGACUUCGACAAUCUUUGA